CACAGUGACUGUGAAUCGUCAGGAGCAGCAGAACUGAACGAUGCCACUCACGGUCGGAACAGCACCUUCUCUCACUGCCCUGCCCAGUGCCUGCUUCCAACAGGCCUCACUCGUGAGCCCCACACUGGAAGCCGGGGGGCUGGAGAGUGGACUGCCAUCCCACAAAGAGCCCCGCAAAAUGCCACUGAGGGCAGGAAGGGAACAGCAAAGAGGGAGAAGCAAAGGGCACGGCUGAAAGGUCUCUGAAGAGCAUCAUGUCUUCCUCCAAUGGGUCUGCCAUUCCUCCAGUGUUCCUCUUGACAGGCUUCCCUGGGCUGGAACAUUCCCACAUCUGGAUCUCCAUCCCCAUCUGCUCCAUGUACCUCACAGCCAUCGCAGGCAACUGUACCAUCCUUUUCAUCAUCAAGACAGACCCAACCCUCCAUGAGCCCAUGUACUACUUCCUCUCCAUGCUGGCGCUCUCUGACCUGGGCUUGUCCUCUACCACUUUGCCCACCAUGCUGAGUGUCCUUUGGUUCAACCGUCGUGUGAUUGACUUCAAUGCCUGCCUGGUCCAAAUGUACUUCAUCCACACCUUCUCCAUCAUUGAGUCUGGCAUUCUCCUCUCCAUGGCCUUUGAUCGCUUGGUGGCCAUCCGGAACCCUCUAAGGUACACAACUAUCUUGACCAAUGACACCAUCAUCAAGAUUGGGGUGGGGGUUACCCUCAGGGCUGCCCUCCUUGUCCUUCCAACCUGCAUCCUCCUGAAGAGGCUGCAAUAUGGAGGCAUAAAUGUGCUCUCAUAUUCAUUCUGCUUGCACCAGGAUAUUCUGAAGGUGGUGCGUUCAGACAACAGAUUGAGCAGCAUCUAUGGCUUGAUGGUGGUCAUCUCUUCCAUGGCUCUUGACUCUGUGUUGCUCGUUUUUUCUUACAUCAUGAUCCUCAAAACUGUGCUGAGCAUUGCCUCCAGGGUAGAGCGCCUCCGGGCCCUGAACACAUGCAUUUCCCACAUCUGUGCUGUCCUCACCUUCUACAUCCCAAUGAUUGGCCUCUCCAUGAUCCACCGAUAUGGGAAAAAUGCUCCCCCUGUGGUUCACAUCCUCAUGGCUAACGUCUACCUUUUGGUGCCUCCUCUGAUGAACCCCAUCGUGUACAGUGUAAAAACCAAGCAAAUUCGAACAAGGAUAGUUAGAAGGUUCUUGAGGAGUAAAGAUUCCAGUGGAGCCUCUUAGAAUCUUCAUACAGACCAAUAAAGUUAUGAGAAUUGGGCUGUCUAUCUCUCAGUUGAGAAUCAUCUCAAAACACACCACUCCUGAAUCCAAGCAAAUGCAAGGAGAGAGGUCCCACUCUUUAUCCAAUGUUCCAGUUCCUCAUUUGUGGAGAGUCAAUCUCAUCCCAAGCCUCUGUGGGCUCUGGAGCUGGGGCAGCUUCCACUCUUGGCUGUCCAAGACCACAUCCUUUGACUGGUUGCACCAAAGGGAGAUCAGGAUAGAGGUGUGGCUCAGGACCCUUUGGGGUGGUGGUUGGUGGGGUUGGAGAAUGUCCUCUGCUUUGCUCAGCUUUUUUCUAGAACACUUAUUUAUUUGGGAGUUUAAAUACGGAAAAGAGGCCCAACAGAUCUCCCAAGGAGCUCUAGGUUCAUGGCAGGUACAAAAAUCACCCAGAAACAGAGUCUCAGUUGAAGAUAUAAAAUCCUUUUCCAUACUAGAGGUCCUUAACUACAAAUCUCAAUGGUCUUGUGGUCUCUCAGAUACUCUCAAGAUGAAUCAGUUUCAGUCACCAGUUCACAUGGGAAGAAUCAGAGUGCAGAUGGACACUGAUGGGUCCAUGCUCUGAGCAUUAAUACCUUUUCUCUCCUUUCCAACUCUAUAAGGAAUAACCAACUUCUGGCCAGCACCCUGGCUUACCCUUCCCUCUCAUGGAUGGUGGAGCAGAUUACAAGCCUAAACCUCCGGUUUAGUGUGAUGUCCGAAUGCGGCCUUGAAAUUGCACACCAAACUAGGUUAACUGCUUAACCUAAAUUAAGCAGCUGAUUAACCAAGUUGCCCUUAAGGGCUCUGAGCUGGGCUAUCAAACUACCAUUAAAUCAAUCUCUCUCUAUAAAAGCCUUGGGUGGUACAUGGCAAGCCCCACCCUCGCCCUGCCCUCACAGUGCUAAACUAAUCAGGGCUCUGCGGGAGCAUGCAUGUUCUCUCUUGCUCGCGCACACGCUCGCUGGAAAACCCACUCCCAGCGGCCACCAUGUUGGAGCCGAGGCAGCGGUGUUCCAAGGGGCCUGCUGAGGAGGUGGAGGCGGAGGAGGCAGCUGUAGUGCCCCGCCAGUCCAGUGCCAGUACCCACAGCAUGGCCAGCCCCCACGAGGGCAUCUUGGCAUCGCCACCGGCUGGCCCGAGUGCAAAGGAGCACAGGCAAGGACAAGAAAGAAAGCAAAGAGGAGAAGGAAGGAGGUGGAGCAGGAGCAGGGCUCAGCCGAGGGUGGUGAGGUCUCUGGGGUGGGGAGUGAGGAGAGCAAUCGACUAGUGUGCAGAAGCUCUGCACCAGUCAAGCUAGAAAUAUUCCUAUAAUCUCUUUCAUAAUCCUACAUCUCUCCUCACCCUGACUUUCAAGGGCCUGGGAGAACUCACCAGACCGCUAGCGUAGCGCUAUGAAACUUUCCAAGGCUCGGGACCCUCACUUGGGAAAAAUCCACAGCCUGGUGCCCUGCCCUUUGCCAGACAGGGCACUCUCCAAGGUUGCCAAAUAGCUCAACUUUCCCUCCCUCCACACCCUCUGGUUUCUGAACCUAAGGAUCCAUGGAUCCAAGCUCCUAGAGCACCGUGUACCCCCAGCGCCAUCCAUUCCCACAGUGCACCGCAAAUGGAGGGGUGGGGUGUGUGGGGGCAGAAUAUGUCCUCCGCUGCUGCUGCAACCAACCACCUAAACCGCGCAUGGCCCUCCCCGCCAAGUCUUAGGGGUGAACUGUUCAUUUGCAUUUGGAAAGAAACACACUGGUUUAUUUCAGACUCCUUUUGACUGUAUUUAACAGCAGUGCUCUGGAAGCCUUUUACUCUGCACAGUGGGAACAGGUGUUUGGAUUCUCUGAUCCCGCUGAUGCCACAGCUGUGGGCGAGUGAUGAAUCCCUGCCACCAUCCAAGGUUUCAAGAGAGGUGCACCUUCCCAACACCACGCACCUGACUGCCUUGGCGGUGGGCCGAUGCUCCCAGGCCUGUCUUGCCAAGGCUGCUCUCACUGCCCAUGCCUACCUGCUGCAGUCAACUCUCCUCAGGACCUCCUCUGACCUUCUGGGUGUGUGGGUGGCUCCAUGGGGUCUUCCAGCAUGGCCUCUUCCAUGUCUCUGGGCCGGCUCGACAGCUGUCCUGGAGCCCGCAAUCAGCCUGUCGAAUCUCCUAGAGACCGCAAAGAACCUUGCUGCCUCCUCACUCAUUGAGUGCUCAUAGGGAGGAUCAAGGAGGGGGGUGAGCAUGCCAAAGGGUGGUCUCGGAGCCCCCAGGCUCUACAUCUGUGCCCUAUUCUUGAAGCAGGACUAGCCCCUCAUCCCACCACCCUGCACUGAAGUGAAUAAGCAACCUUCUUCACAUUGUGAGGCACCUGCAUAGUGAGGACCAUGGGAGGUGUGGCGGCACUGGCGGGGUGGUGGUGGUGAUGGGGGACUCCUGCCCCCUCAUAACACCCCUGCUCAGUUACUCCCAGCUGUAGAAUUUACUAGCGAGAGGGUCUUGGAAGUUCAAUGUGCAGGAAUUCAGCCAUCUCACAUAAGCAUAAACCUAAACCUGGAGGCCUUUUGAAUGGAUUGCACAAAACUAAGUAAUGUUAAUAUGUACGCUGCAGGGAGAGCCCAGCAAUGCCAAGCUGUGCCCUCUGCUUUUAACAGCAACAAAAUCUUCCAUGCAGCAUCCAGAGACAAGUGCCCUUGCUGGGGGUGCAUUGGCACCCCAUGGCUGCCACCUUCCAUUUGCCCAGGACACUGACAAUGGGAAUUGUGGCAGGUGCACACCUUUUGUGCAGGUACCACCUUUCCUAUGCAUGGCGCCAGUGUUGGGGAUGCGUGUGACCACAGCACAGGUUGUCUGGUGAGGGGCAUCACUGUGUAAGGGAAAGACAGACAGACAGACAGACACACACACACACACCCUACUUCACAAGGGGCACUGCAAUCCCGAAGAAGGUGUCCUGUUGGUGCGCAGCGUUUUGUUGCUAUGCAGCAAUGUGUUCUGCAGACCAGUGUUUCUGCACAGACAGACAGUUAAAUAGUGUGACAUGUAUAGUGGUGGGUGGGACUGCCUCCCCACUUUCACCACCCCCAUCUUUCUCUCCUAUAUCUGUAGGAGAGUACCCAGUUCCCACUGAAAGUGGCAAAAAGCUAUUGAAAGUGGCAGAAAACCCAAAAGGGUAAUCUCUCUUUAAAUACUCUGAACAGAAUUGGGAAGAGAAAGGAGGAUGGAGGGGGUGUGGUGCUUGCUUUCACCGAGAGGUGGCCAUCGAGAGCUGUGGUGUACAUAGAGCUACCAUGCUCCUGGGUGGGUCUGGGCUGCCUUCUCUGUUAUUACAGUUCCAAAAGCAGCACAAAAUUGCAGUUAUGGCAGCGUGCACGUUCAGAAACUGCAUUCAGGUUUGGCUGCCACUGCCAAACCUCAAGUUGGAGUGGUGAAAUGUACUACAAACCAAAGGUUCAAACUGGAGUUUAGUGAGGCAACCCGCAGGUCACUUUUGCCUCAAACCCACAGUUGCACUCAUUGGGAUGUAACGGAGUUCCAACCUCUGCCCCAUUUCCUUCCGGUUUCAUGUGAUGUGCAAAUGCAGCCAUAUGGUCUCAUCUGGUCUGGUCCUGUUAUUGUUCCAUUUUGGCUUGAAAUCCACAAAAUUGUCGAUAUUACUGUACAGCAAACCUCAGUUAAAGGUGUCCACGCCCUUUUGGGUUAUUAUAUCCCUAAUACAUGGAAUUUAUCACUGCAUCAAGAACUGCUGAUUCUUCAAACAUGGGGAGCUGUUAAUGGGAUUUAUUAUGCAACAUUGGGAGGACAAAUGCACUUCUGACCAACAACUUCAAAUAAGUCUUUCCACAUCUGAACUGGUCUUUUCCCAGUAGAAUGCUAAAGAAGAGGAGUUUGUAGCAACUGAUGGUGCCUUAAGAAACCAUCCUUAGAAGAAUUUCUUAUAAGAAAUGGAUACAAGAGGAUUGUCUUCGUUGAAGGCCUUCAGGAGAGCCAUAAAGACCCGUCUUUUUAGCCUGGCUUUUAAUUAUAUUUAGUUUUAAUGUUAUCUAGUUUUAAUUAUCAUUUUAGUCUGCUUUUAAUUGGUUUAUGAUUUUAAUUGUUAAUUGGUUGGGUUUUUGUUUUUUGCUUUAAAAAAAUGUAAACUGAACUGAACCAUCUUUAAAAAAUGGAAACUGAACAUACACCCAUCUUGGAAGGGUGGUAUAUAAAACAAACAAACAAAUAAAUAAAUAUUUU